AUGGCGACAGCGGCGACAAUGGCGACGGGGACGGUGGUGCUUCUGUACUACGUGCUGAGCCGGCGGAUGGCAACGACAACGGGGACAGUGGUGCUUCUGUACUACGUGCUGAGCUGGCGGAUGUCAUCGACCCUAGCAGAGGAAGAUUUCGUCGGCGGUGAGUACUCGAGAUCGAAGGGUAGAUCUGUGAAGAAGCGGCUGGCUCAGCGUCCAGCUCAAGCGCCUGUAACAUGGAUCGAGAGGAUCUCUACGCUUUUGGAGACUCUGGGGUUCACGUAUUCGGAGACUCUCGGUAAAUGGCCGAUCAGUGACUUGGCUUUCGGAAUUAAUUAUCUUAUUAGAAGGCAGGUAGGAAUUUUUUAG